AUGCCACAAGGCGCAUCGUGCAAUCACGUGGGGCAACCCGAUGUGCAGUGGCUGACGUGGCAAGAAGAGAGGAUGAGCGGAGCAACGAUCAGCUGGGCGGAGAUCUGCCUCAGCGGCCCUCAGUUCUUUCACUCCCCCUUCCAUGCGCAGGCGGCCGAUCAGUCAGCGCAGCUGGCGGCGGAUCUGGCGGGCAACGGGUGGCGCAGCACGCGGCGCACGAAGCUGGUGUGCACCAUCGGGCCGGCGUGCUGCGGCUUCGAGCAGAUCGCGGCGCUGGCGGAGGGCGGCAUGAACGUCGCGCGCAUCAACAUGUGCCACGGCACGCACGCGUGGCACCGGCAGGUGAUGGCGGACAUCCGGCGGCUGAACGAGGAGCGCGGGUACAGCGUGGCGGUGAUGAUGGACACGGAGGGCAGCGAGAUCCACAUGAGCGACCUCCAGGGCGCGCCCUCCGCUAAAGUCGCGGAGGACGACGUGUGGACGUUCACGGUGCGCAAGUUCCCCGACGGCAUGGCGCUGCCGCCCAACACCGUGCACGUCAACUACGACGGCUUCAUUGACGACGUGAGGGAGGGCGACGAGUUGGUGGUGGAUGGGGGCAUGGCGCGGCUGCAGGUGGCGGCGCGCAUGGGGCCCGACGUGGUGUGCAGUGUGCUGGACCCGGGGCUGCUGCUGCCACGCGCCAACCUCACCAUCUUCCGCAACGGCCAGCUCGUGCGCGCCACCAACGCCAUGCUGCCCACCAUCUCCUCCAAGGACUGGAUAGACAUAGACUUUGGAAUAGCGGAGGGGGUGGACUUCAUAGCCAUCUCCUUCGUGCGCUCGCCUGAGGUCGUCACUCACCUCCGCAGCUACGUCAACGCGCGCUCGCCCUCCCGCCCCAUAGCGCUGAUAGCCAAGAUAGAGAGUGUGGAGGCGGUGGGGCGGCUGGAGGAGAUCAUAGCGGCGUCGGACGGGGCGAUGGUGGCGAGGGGCGACCUGGGCGCGCAGGUGCCGCUGGAGGAGGUGCCGGGCGUGCAGCAGGACAUGGUGGACAUCUGCCGCGCCCUCAACAAGCCCGUCAUUGUGGCGUCGCACCUCCUCGAGUCCAUGAUCGAGUUCCCCAUCCCCACCCGCGCUGAGGUGGCGGACACAGCGGAGGCGGUGCACCAGCAGGCGGAUGCGCUGAUGCUGUCGGGGGAGUCGGCCAUGGGGCAGUUCCCCCUCAAGGCGCUCGAUGUGCUGCGCACCGUGGCAGUGCGGUUUGAAGCCAUCGAGGAGGGGCAGGGGGGUUACGGAGAGGGCCCGGGUGCGGCGGCCAUGGACGGGCACACAGCGGUGGAGCGCGUGGCUCUGCUGCCGGAGCUGUCGCACUCGCUGCGGGAUCGCAUGUCCGAACAGAUCUGCGCCGCUGCCGCCCAGAUGGCCAUGCGUCUGGGGGCAAAAGCUAUUAUCGCCUUCACCCAAAGGGGCUACAUGGCGUCAUUGCUCUCGCGCUGCCGCCCCAACUGCCCCAUCUUUGCCGUCACUCCCUCCCAGGCGGUGAGGCAGCACAUGAGUGUGUAUUGGGGCCUCGUGCCAUUCCGCCUCGACCUCUCAGAUGAUGCCGAGGACAACAUGCGGCGAGCCUUCGCCGUGCUCAAGGCGAGAGGGCUGGUGGCAGAGGGCGAUCUCAUCAUCGCCGUGUCUGAUGUGGCGGGCGGGCAGGAGGCCGUGGGGGCCAGGCAAAGCGUGCAGGUCCGCAAGUUGGGCGUCUCUUUUUAUGUGCUCAGUUGGGCGUCUCUUUUUAUGUGCUCAGGUGGGCGUCUCUUUUUAUGUGCUCAGGUGGGCGUCUCUUUUUAUGUGCUCAGGUGGGCGUCUCUUUUUAUGUGCUCAGGUGGGCGUCUCUUUUUAUGUGCUCAGGUGGGCGUCUCUUUUUAUGCGCUCAGUUGCAUGCUGCAUGCUGCAUGCGGCAUGCUGCAGCAGGGAGGGCAGGGGGGAAGCCAGCCGGUACUGCAAGCAGCCGUCACACGCUCCUCUCCACCACAGGCUGCCGUCGGCUCUAGGCUGACGGCCUAG